AUGACGACUCCAGCUGUUGCUGGUCGAGGCACCGUAACGAAAGGGGAUACCCAUCCUCCUCCUGCCUCAAGCCCCAUCGUGAUUGGCUCUUCAACGACGACAUCUUCACCAUCCUCUACUGCUCCGUUUGGAUCAUCCCCCGUUACAGCGGCCUCCAUCUCAAGUUCUACCGCUGCCACCGUCAUCCCCCUUGUCAAUGGCAUCAGCACGAGUGCGACUACCGUUGCGGAUGCAGCCUCCGAUUCCAUUGUUCCUACUUCUUCUUCCUCCACAACUUUGUCCUCGUCGUCUUCUAACGCAGAUGAGAGCUUUACGUUUGAUACUAUGGAAGAGGCCCUAGAAGCUUUUAAGAGAGGGGAGUUUCUAGUGGUGAUGGAUGAUGAGGCGAGAGAGAACGAGGGAGAUUUGAUCAUUUCUGCUGCGAAUAUAACGACCGAGCAAAUGGCUUGGUUCAUUAAAGUCACUAGUGGAUUUAUAUGUAUUUCUCUACCUGGGGAGAGACUUGAUGAACUUGAGCUUCCGAUGAUGGUCGCUCAUAAUAUGGAAACUUUCAAGACGGCGUAUACGAUUACGGUUGACUAUGCGAUCGGGACGACAACAGGGAUAUCGGCACACGAUCGGGCUUUGACGGCUCGAAAACUUGCGCAGGGUGCUCCGGCCCAUGAGUUCAAUCGCCCGGGUCACCUUGUACCGUUACGUGCCAGAGAAGGGGGUACGUUGACUAGGAAAGGACAUACGGAAGCUGCUGUCGACCUAUGCAGGUUAACUGGUUCAUCAUCUGCUGGACUUCUCUGCGAACUUGUUAAUGACGAUCCUCAAGGGACGAUGGCGAGACGGAACGAUUGUAGAGCGUUUGCGAACAAGUAUGGGUUGAAGAUGAUCAGUGUUGAGAUGAUCGCGGAGUAUAAGCGGAGGAAGAUGGAGAGCGGUUGA